CAUCCAGUGUAUGCAUCAUGCACCGACUCCAGAGGCGUGGAUUCCCAGCACUGUAGCCUUCUUAAGGAUAAAUAGACUCUUCGCCUUUAACUCGACUGUAGCCCACUGUGCAGAGUAAUGUAGUGUCAGCCUUCUGUUUUUGUGGGCGCAUAAAAAGAUGUGCCGUCUCGGUGUUUCUAAUAAUAGCCAAUCUUAUUUUUACCACACCGACGCCUUAUUGCAUUAUGGAUGCCUCAGGAAUGGUGUCCCUGCAAGAUAGCGUGGGAAUAUCUCAGUAGAGGCUGUGGCUUUGUAUCUCAGGGCUAAAUGCUCCAGCAUCGUCUCAAUCUGCCCGCCUUUAUAGCUGCAGGAGCAUCUCAUUUAUUGUUAGCUGUGCCUGUGUCAUGGCUGUAGUGUAGUGUGAGUCCUGGGGUCCUGAGUCUGUAGACUUUAUUCUCUGCAUGCAUCCACAGGAGCGCUAUGCGGGAGUAUAAGGUGGUGGUGCUCGGGAGCGGCGGGGUGGGGAAGUCCGCCCUGACGGUCCAGUUUGUCACCGGGACAUUUAUAGAGAAGUACGACCCGACUAUUGAAGAUUUCUACAGGAAGGAGAUCGAGGUGGACUCCUCGCCGUCGGUGCUGGAGAUCCUGGACACGGCCGGGACCGAGCAGUUCGCCUCAAUGAGGGACCUUUACAUCAGGAACGGCCAGGGCUUCAUCCUGGUCUACAGUCUGGUCAACCAGCAAAGUUUUCAGGACAUCAAGCCCAUGAGGGACCAGAUCAUCAGGGUGAAACGGUAUCAGCAGGUUCCCGUGGUGCUGGUGGGGAACAAGGUGGACCUGGAGGACGAGCGGGAAGUGUCCCCGAGCGAGGGCCAGGCGCUGGCAGAGGACUGGGGCUGCCCCUUCAUGGAGACGUCGGCCAAGAGCAAGACGAUGGUGGACGAGUUGUUCGCCGAGAUCGUGCGGCAGAUGGACUUCUGCCCCCUGCCGGACCGGAGGGAGGCGUGCUGCCCAGCCUGCAGCGUCCAGUAGCAGCCAAUCUGUGCGCAGGAGGAGUGAUGGAUGGGAGGACGUAGAGAUUCAAAUUCUAGUCAGAUAGAUUGAAGAUAGAAAGGGAAAAAUCCACUCUGUUUCAAACUACCUGCUUCCUUUUUCUUGCUAUGCUUUUUGGGUAAUGUAGGAAGCAGAGAAAAAAAGUACAGAGGGUGGAUUUUCCUGUAAGAGAAACAAAAAAAAUCUCGACCUCCCACUUUCAUCACCGUCCUCCUGAUUGGCAGGAGCACAUUUUCAAGGUUUCCCAAAGGCAGCACGGUGCCAAAACCAUCUUUAAAAGCCAUCGAGGAAGAGGAUCUGUGUGCAAAAAGCUCAUGGGAAACCAGCCAUAGAUCCACGCAGGGAUGGCAGUGUGCUCAGGCGGUGUCCUGUUUGUCUUUUUUGGCACUUUUUUGGACUGUGAAACAGUGCAAGACCAAUCACAUAGAAUCAGAACGGAUGUCAAGUAGCACCACUGUGAAGGAAGGAGUCGAACCCGGAGUUCAUGUUACAGCAGGCCCGCCUAACUAUGAAUGAAUGAAAAAAAAGAUGUACGAAUGUUUCAAAAAAAGGAAAAGCGCACCUUUGGGGGAAGUUGAUCCCAAACGUUGACAAACUGUGGAUGCAGCGUGCAUGAAGCCGUACUGUCACUCUGACAUGGAGUACAAUCAAUCUCACCCAAAGAGACAGCAUCAAUGAAUCAAUCAGUCUUUAAGAAAAAGAAACGUGCAGACACUCGUCUCUACACUUUACAGAUGAUACAAAUGCCUUGUUACAUUGUAUGGAGUGAACAUCAGUGUCAGUGUGUAGUUCAUUUAUCUUCAAUCACACCAGAUGUGUUAGUGGUGCAACGUGAGAAUCACUUAUUUUCAACAAAAAAUAAAUCUUUAUGCACAGA